GACACACAGUGCUGCCCGUAGAGUGAACAAGAGUCAUUUGGAGAACAAAAGGAGAAAUUGUCAGGGACAGAGUCACUCAGGGACGGAGGGACAGAUAAAGCUAACUACAUGUGUCUGGCUGGGGUACAGAGCAAAGACUAGAGAAAGAGAAGUGUCUGAAAACAGCUGAGGACGAGGUGAAUUGUUGGAGGAAGGGACAGGAGAGGGAGCAGAGCUAUUUCAAGAGUGAGUGGUAGAAGGGAACGUAAGAACCCACGGACUGUCUGAAGUGAACGAGGAAGGGUCCAGAGGCAGUGAGGGAAGGCCAGGACUGGGGCCAAGGCCGGGGCAGGCACGAUCGCUGAGGGGAUGAACUUCACAGUGGGUUUCAAGCCGCUGCUAGGGGAUGCACACAGCAUGGACAACCUGGAGAAGCAGCUCAUCUGCCCCAUCUGCCUGGAGAUGUUCUCCAAACCGGUGGUGAUCCUGCCCUGCCAGCACAACCUGUGUCGCAAGUGUGCCAACGACGUCUUCCAGGCCUCGAACCCUCUGUGGCAAUCCCGGGGCUCCACCACCGUGUCUUCGGGAGGCCGUUUCCGCUGCCCAUCUUGCAGGCACGAGGUUGUCCUGGACAGACAUGGUGUCUAUGGCCUGCAGCGAAACCUGCUAGUGGAGAACAUCAUCGACAUUUACAAGCAGGAGUCUUCCCGGCCACUGCACUCCAAGGCUGAGCAGCACCUCAUGUGUGAGGAGCACGAAGAAGAGAAGAUCAACAUCUACUGCCUGAGCUGUGAAGUGCCCACCUGCUCUCUCUGUAAGGUCUUUGGCGCCCACAAGGACUGUGAGGUGGCCCCGCUGCCCACCAUUUACAAACGCCAGAAGGUACCAAGCAGCAGAGGGAGCAGGCAUGGUGAGAGCGAGCUCAGCGAUGGCAUCGCGAUGCUGGUCGCGGGCAACGACCGUGUGCAAGCAGUGAUCACACAGAUGGAGGAAGUGUGCCAGACCAUUGAGGACAACAGCCGGAGGCAGAAGCAGUUGCUUAACCAGAGGUUCGAGGCCCUGUGCUCGGUGCUGGAGGAGCGCAAGGCUGAGCUGCUGCAGGCGCUGGCCCGCGAGCAGGAGGGGAAGCUGCAGCGAGUCCGGGGCCUCAUCCGCCAGUAUGGAGACCACCUGGAAGCCUCCUCCAAGCUCGUGGAGUCCGCCAUCCAGUCCAUGGAGGAGCCACAGAUGGCGCUGUACCUGCAGCAGGCCAAGGAGCUGAUCAAUAAGGUCGGGGCAAUGUCGAAAGCGGAGCUGGCAGGACGGCCAGAGCCGGGCUAUGAAAGCAUGGAGCAGUUCACCGUGAGCGUGGAGCACGUGGCCGAAAUGCUGAGGACCAUCGACUUCCAGCCGGGCGCUUCCGGGGAGGAAGAGGAUGAGGAGGUAGCAUUGGACCGGGAAGAGGGCAGCGCAGGGCCUGAGGAAGAGCGGCCGGAAGGCGCAGGCGGGCACUGACCCGCCCCCUGUUGGGGAGCCCGCGCACCUGGGGCCUGGCGCUGGGGUCGCGGAGGACCUGCGCUGAGACCGCCGCGCGACCCAGCUUGGCGCCCCGCCGUGGGGGAGGGGCUCAAUAAAGGGCUAAUGCGUCCAGACCCGCAGCUCCGUUCACUGCUCACUCUCAGCCUCGGCUUCGGAGGCGACCCCAUCACCAUCCUGCCCUUUUCCGGAUCUGGGACCAUCUGAGGGGCGGAAGUGGAAUGACCCCCGUGGGGCAUCUCCUUGAUAUCAAGCACGGGUUCGCGAGCCCAGUGCCAAGGGAAGAGGGUCGGGGUGGGGCGGCGGCACCAGGACUUUGAGUUCCUGGGGUUCGAUGGGGGCACAGGAGCCCCCGGCUGAAAGCCCUUCUGCCGGAGUCCUCGUGGAGCAUCCGGUACCCUCUCGCCGGCCUGGGAGGCCACACUUUUCCACGGGCUCCCACCCUGCUGUGCUUCCCUGCGCCCCACAACCGAGGCCAAAGGCUCUUCAGCACUUUUAUUAAAAAUAGGUGACGCACA